CAGAGCGCGUGCUUUACUUUGGUUAUGUUAUAAUUUAAAAUGUGAUUCUAACGCCUCUGCUAGUGUAUGUUAUCAUCAUUUCUCUGUUUAACAACCUUUUAACACAAAUUUUCCUUGUUACCCUAGUGCAAAAAGCUAUGAUAGUAGGUAGGCUAGGUAAGAGGUCCUCGCUUGAAAUGUCAGAGGGGCGACAAAACGGCGAUUCCAUGACGGAAAUAAGAGACAUGUAAAUUAGUAGCCUUGUAUCUGCCAUUGCGAACAACAUUGUUAGCCUCGACUGGUCAGUAAUUUUUGAAUGAGACCAUCAUGCUUUCUUAGCAACCGGGCUGUCGGAUAUACUUUGUAAAAUGAAAGAUACGUUGUUGAUUCCUGUCUACAGCCAGAUUUAAAACAAAACUUUGGAAUUGAGAGCCACUCGUUGGUCUAUUUUUUUUUAUUCUCGUUGUUCAUCAGCCAGAUGCCAGUCCUUCACGAUAAAUCUAUUUUUCUCACUUCAUAUUUAUAUGUAAAAAUGACGUUCUAACUUCUUAAAAAAAAGGUUUACUUCUGAAUACGUAUGUAGAAGUAUCCAUCCGAAGUAUGUAUUCCUCAGCAUGGCGUCGUAUACGUCACACGGUGUGUCCCAAACUCACUUCAACUGAUGAAUUUUAUUUUACAGUGAUUUUUUUAAUCAUACAUUUUUGUCCUUGAGCAAAGAGCUCGAGAAAAGCUGCCCUUUUCCAGCUUUUCAUUUGAUCGUUAUUUCAAUUAUUACCAUUAUUUUAAUGAUUACCAACAUUAUUGAAGAAUAGUUGAGACGCCCGUCAAGAGGGAGCAAGAGUCACGCAGUCACGCAUAACGGUGCCAUUUGAGCCGGCUACCUAGGGCACCGGUCUCUAAAUUUUCGUUUUUAAUUAUUGAUCACAUUCAUAGGGAUCUUGUAGAAUCACGAAAGUGUCGGCUGAAGACUUCGACUGAGGAUAAAUAUUAUGAAUCAGCAAAAAGAAGCACCUUUUACCAGAAGAGCUCUGGAGAGAGUCAGUGAAGCUAACUCAGAGGAAUAUGAAUUUUCCAUUGUCACCUACAACAUCCUUGCUGACUACUGGAUACUGCAGAAUUCAUGGAAAGAAGACUCUUACAGCUAUUGCCCAAAGGAAUACAUGAUCAGAACAAAGGGAAGAGCCUCACACCGUCAUAUACUGCUUAUGGCUGAGCUGAGAUGGCUUGACAGUGAUAUCAUCUGUUUGCAAGAGGUUGAUACAUCCUACUUCAGAGAGAUUCUGAAGGGGGAUUUAUCUGAGCUUGGCUAUGAAGGUCUUUUUGCAGAAAAGUGUAUGGGAAUCCCAGAAGGGGAGGCGUUGUUUUUCAAGAAAAACAAGUUUCACCUCCAAGAAACAAAGACAGUUCAUUUGAAUGACAUGGCAGAGUGCACCUUUAAGCAAGCUGAAAUACCUCAAUUUUGGGAGGUUGUUUUACUUGCCACAUUGAGGCAUAAACUUAGCAAUUCUCUCCUAGUGUUGUGUGUAACACAUAUACGAUGGGGAAAUUUGCAAGAAACUGUUUCUCAAGCAUGUCAAAUAACAAUGGUCACCAAAGCCCUCUAUGACAUGGUUUCAACACUGCAGGAAUCUCAAGGUAAUAGAGUGGCUUACAUUCUUUGUGGAGACUUCAAUAUUGAGCCUCAAUUUCCUGCCUAUAAGCUUCUGGCCGAGGGAAAACUGACGGACAAAGAGAUUAAUACUCUGAAAGGCUGUGAUUACAUAAGAUGGGGUAGUGACACAUACAUGGAGAAGGCAUUGCAGCUGUCACCAGAUCAAGUGGCCCUUUUACACAGGACUGAAGCACAAAUCAACAAUCCACUUGUUGACUUACAAAGUGCCUACAAGAACAUAAUGGGUGCAGAACCUCGGUGUACUAACCAUGAAGGACCUGAAUGUCUCUGGACUCUGGACUAUAUCUGGUUUGACUCAAGGUCCCUAGAGGUCACUGCAGCUUUAGAGACAGUUUCACCUUCUGCUAUUGAGCCAUACACUGGCCUGCCCAAUGAGUAUUUUCCAUCAGAUCAUUUGUCACUUAAAGCAUACUUCAAGUUUGCCUCUAGUCGUGAAAAACAAGAAUGAGUUUCAACAGAGAUCUUGCACGGAGUAGACGAUUGGCUCAAAAUAUAUUUGACUUAUCUCAUAUUUUCAGAUGAAGAGGCAGGUAUCUUUGAGAUUUGAACAGGAUUAGGCUAAUUUUUUUUUUAACUUUGGUUUUCCUUUAUAUACAAAUCAGUUUGUUUCUUGCAAGAUUAUUUUAAAGUGAGAAAAUCUUAAGUGCAGUUUAAUUUGGUCUUACGGAUAUUUUUGGAUUCUUAAAUUUAACAAUAAUUAUUCAUUGACCUAAAUAUAGAUAUGAUGAAAAAAAAAAGUCAGCUCAAAAUCUUCAAAUACAGUGAGAGGGUUGCAGCCAAAAAUCGAAUAUAGACCACUUUCAUAAAUGGCUGCCGGAUUAAUAUUCGUUUGUUUAAAUUUAGAUU